GGCUGUUAUACACACGCCGGCAUUUUUGAAAGCUGCAUUUUACUAGCGCAAGCAGCUGGUUCUGCACAGCCGCACUGCCACAGAAGUCUUGAUUCCCGUGAUAUCUCCUCGCGAUGUUCCACGGGGAAGAUUCUGCUGAAUUUCAGUGCUGUGCCACAGUGGAACGUUUGAACGGAUCUGGCCAAGCCAUCAAACGCCAAGUAAUUCGGCGUGCGUCAGUGACACUGGGACGAAAUGAAUUUCAGGAGAUUGCUCUACGGGUACACGACGGCAAAGUGCCACAAACUUUCACUCUCCGUGAAUUCCAGCUAUUCACUCGUUUUUGUAGGGACGGCAAAAGCACUAUCAAACUGCUCCCAGAAAACAUACAAGUGCUGCUGUCUGACUGUCCACCAGACCGUUUAAGCAUCUUCCUUAAGACAUUAAGUAUUAAGCACCAAGCCUGGCAGACGAGCAAGCCCGUGGGGGAUCGAAUCAAGCUCCGUGCUGGACUUCCUCGCAGUUUCGAAUCAAUAAGCCCCCUGCAACAGAAAGACGUGCAGAAAGCCAAUGAGCUGAGAAGCAAAGUGAACGCACAACCGCCCGCAAAAGGCCUGACGAACCGAGGGGGCAAUAAACCGCUUGGGCAGCAGAUGAAGAGGCAAAGACCGGAUUCUACUGAAUGCAGUCCGGUGAAAUCACUGCACCCUGCCAAGAAACCAACUUUGUCAUUGCCUGUGGGGAGGAAGCUGUCCAAAGAGCAAGCUGUUGUUCUGAAUGCCGUUUUAAGUGGGAAGAAUGUCUUCUUUACUGGCAGUGCAGGUACGGGGAAAUCUUUCUUGCUGAAGAGGAUUGUGGGAUCUCUGCCUCCCAAAAGCACAUAUGCCACAGCCAGCACAGGUGUGGCAGCCUGCCACAUUGGAGGAACUACUUUGCACAACUUUGCAGGGAUUGGAUCAGGCUCUGCUUCUCUAGAGCAGUGUCUGGAGCUGGCCCAGCGGCCUGGGGUCCUCCAGCACUGGACAAGCUGCCGACACCUCAUCAUCGACGAGAUCUCUAUGGUGGAGGCCCAGUUCUUUGAUAAGCUCGAGACCAUUGCCAGGUCCAUUAAGAGGUCUACUGAACCAUUUGGAGGCAUCCAGCUAAUUGUAUGUGGUGACUUCCUCCAACUGCCCCCAGUCACUAAGGGAAAGGACAGACCAGACUUUUGCUUCCAGGCGAGAAGCUGGCGGAAGUGCAUUCACCUGAACCUGGAGCUGAUGGAUGUGCGCCGGCAGACAGACCAGACCUUCAUCUCCCUUCUGCAGGCCGUGAGGGUAGGCAGAGUCACAGAAGAAGUCACCGCCAAGCUGCUGAAGAGCGCGUAUCACAGCAUUGAGAGGGACGGUAUCCUAGCAACUAGACUCUGCACGCACAAAGACGAUGUGGAAUUGACGAAUGAGAACAAGCUUCAGCAGCUGCCAGGGACCGCACGGGUCUUCGAGGCUGUGGACAGCGACCCUGUGCUGGUCAAGGCCAUUGACGCACAGAGUCCAGUGGGGCGGGUGCUGCAGCUGAAAGUGGGCGCCCAGGUGAUGUUGACGAAGAAUCUGAACGUGGAGAGAGGCCUGGUCAAUGGUGCGAGGGGCGUGGUGGUCUCCUUCCAGCCCGGAAAUAAAGGCCUGCCGUGCGUGCGGUUCCUGUGCGGCGUCACUGAGGUCAUGAAGCCGGAGCGCUGCAUGUUCAAGGUGGGGGGCCUGUACCUCAGCCGCCUGCAGCUGCCACUCAAACUGGCCUGGGCCAUCUCCAUCCACAAGAGCCAGGGCAUGACCCUGGACUGUGUGGAGAUCUCCCUGGCCCGGGUGUUUGAGUGCGGCCAGGCCUACGUGGCGCUGUCCCGGGCCCGGAGCCUGGAGGGGCUCCGCGUGCUGGACUUCGACCCCCACGUGGUGCGGGCCGACCCGGAAGUGCUGCUCUUCUACAAGCGGCUGCGGAAGGAGAGGAUGCUCAUGCAGGCCUCCAUGGAUGAGUUUGUGGACCGAGAGAACAAGGAGAGCAGGCGUCUGUGAGAGGGCAGCUGCAGCCUCCUGUUUGUGUGCACCGUGUGCAUUUGUCUGCAGGAUCUCCAGUCCCCCCCUGUGCAUUGUAUUUGAGGCAUCACAUUUGAGUUUACAUUUGGUCCUAGUCUAGUGAAACUGCAUGAAGUUACCAAAUUAUUGCAUCUUUCUCUACACAUGGAUAUGCUGCAUGAAUGCAACCUCUUUAGUAUUAAUGAUUAUCAUAUGUAAACUGUUGAAUGACAAUUGACAUUAUCUAUAUUUACUGUCGUGCUCUAAAUUUCACAUCCAAACUGUGUAAAUAUAGAAGUCUCUAUUUUUCUAUGCUGGUUAAAAUGGUUAUAAAAACACCACCUUAUUUAUGAUAUUACGGCGUUGCGAUGAUUUGAUUUUCAAAUGUUUUUAAUUUAAUUUUUAAUAAAAGUGGUUUUAUCCAA